AUGUUACAUCCCAUGUUACUUUCUACACAUCUCUUUGCUUUUGGUUUAGUCUCUCAGUCCGAACCAAUACGACAGAAACUAUACAGAAUGUUUGCAGGUAUGGAUUGGUUUUCAUGGCUUUCAAAAACAAGCCUUGAACCAUCUCUUGUAUACGAGUAUGGAGUUAUCUUAGCUCACAACGAGCUUGAAGAAGAAGACAUGUUUUACUUCAACCAUGAGUUUCUGCAAAGCAUGGGAAUCUGUAUAGCCAAACAUAGACUAGAAAUUCUUAAGCUUGCUAAAAAAGACAAGAGAAAGUUCCCACACACAGUUGCAAAGUUUGUGGCUGCAAUCAAAAAGUAUGUUAGGAGUUUGACUCAUACUGAAGAAUCAGCACUUGUGGUGGUGCCAACAACAAGGUCUAGUGGUGGAUUUGGGAGAAGAUGGAAGAGUGUUAUUAUGAAGAGGAACAAAAAGUUUGUGGUGGCUAAACAAGAGAAACUUUUUCUGACAAACGGUAUAGUUCCUGUUCCUGAUUUGUCUGGUGAUCUUGGUGGUUUUGCUAGUCCUGUUGUGCAUCAUUGCCAAAAGGAGCAAAGGGUCGAUGGCGGUGGCGAUGGUGGUGGUGUUGGUGGUGAUGGAUAUUGGUCUGCAGCUGUUGAAGAGAUUAAGUGGGAUACCAUGUUUAAGGAUCUAAAGCCAAACUAA